UCCCCAGCUCAGCCAUCCACCGCCAGCCAGCCGCACUCUGGACAAUAACACAGCUGGGGAUGCUGCACGGCCACCAGCCGCUCGCCACCUCUCCCACAGCCUGCUGCCCCUGAGCGGAGAGACAGCAAGGGGGGACUCGCCCAGGGCUGGCGUUUGCCUUCCCCUCCAGAGCUUCGCCUGGAUCCGCGCAGGGCUGCGAGCCAGAGGGUGAGGCAGCCAGGGGAUUGCAGAGGCUGGGAAAAUGGAGAUCGCGGAGGCUGGCACCAUUCAGCAAGAGAGGCUGCAGGCCAUAGCGGAGAAGAGGAAACGUCAGAUUGAGAUCGAAAAUAAAAGGCGGCAGCUCGAAGACGACAGGCGCCAGUUACAGCACCUAAAGUCCAAGGCUCUGAGGGAGAGGUGGCUGCUGGAAGGAGCCCCGUCGUCCGCCUCCAAGGAAGACGAGGCCAUGAAGAAGCAGAUGCAGGAAGACGAAGUGAAGAGCAAGGAGCUGGAAGAAGCUAUCCAGAGGUUAGAGAGGGAGCUGGAGAUUCUGGAGAACGGGGACUCGGCGCCUUCCACCAAGGAAAAGCUGGGGAAGGAGGUGACAGCAAAGGAGGAGAAAGCAGCAAACGCACAGAAGACUCCACUGGGCACAGCUAAAGAGCAGAAGAUCUGCAACAGCCCCAUGAAGUCGGUGGAGGGCACUGACAUGAUGAAGGCAGCCAUGUACUCAGUCGAGAUCACAGUGGAGAAGGACAGAGUAACUGGCGAGACCAAAGUCCUGUCCAGCACCACCCUGCUCCCCAAGAAUCAUUGCCUGCAGGGGGUCAAGGUGUACGAGGAUGAGAUGAAAGUGGUGCAUGCAGUCCACAUGGAGGAUGGAGCCCUCGAGAAUGGGGUGCAACCUCUCAGCUCCUCCGAGGUGGACGAGCUGAUCCACAAGGCAGAUGAGGUGAACCUGAGCGAGGUCUCCCAGAGGGACUCGAAAACCAAGGAGCGUGAAGAGGCCAAGAAGGAGGGUCCCGGGAGCAAUCUGCCCAGCCAGAAGACCACUCCCCGGAAGGAGAUCACUGGGGUGCAAGCCAAGCCAGUGGACAGCCCAAGAAUCCUGGCCUCCAGUGAAGGGGCAGAGCCUAGCAAAGAGCAGCCAGUUACCAUGAUCUUCAUGGGCUACCAGAACGUGGAGGACGAGGACGAGACCAAAAAGGUGCUGGGCCUGGGGGGCACCAUCAAGGCCGAGCUGGUGGUGAUUGAAGAUGCCGACAACAAGCCAGCAGUGGCCGGAGCGGCAGAUUGCACGGGCAAGGACCACGCCCCGCCCAACGGCAGCACCGUGGAGCCCGUGGCCACCCUGCCACAGAAGGAAGAUGGCCAGGUCGGGGAGAUGCCAGGAACCAACAUCACGGAUCCCAAGGGGGCCGAUCAGGACCUAGACAUGAAGAAACAGCGUUGCAAAUGCUGCACGGUGAUGUGAAACAUCUGCCGGCUCCAUUGUACAGCCAAAAAGAACUGCCUUCCCCACCUUCUGUUGCCCCAUCCCUCAUAGUUCCCUAGGUUUCACCCACAAACUCCAAGUGACACAGGAUUUUAUUUACUUAACCAGACACAACUUCUUUUUCUUAAGAGAUUGGGGAAACAAAUGCAGUGUUUGUAAAGUGUAUAAUAGGCAGCACCAUCUCCCGGCCGCGGCAUCGCUCGUCUGACGUCCGCUUCCAUGCAAUACGCCACCGGCGCUGAAUAUUAUAUUUAUUAUACACGCUUAUUUUUCCCCCUGCCUUUGUCUCUCCCCCCCACCUCCCACUCCCCUGUGCCAUGGUGGGGUGUCUCAGAGAUCCUCAGCCCACUGGGGAUGGCCAUCACAGAACUCUCCUGCCUGUAGGACUCCCGUUUUUUAAAUUUUACUGAUGGCUUUCCCCCUCGUUAAAUGACACCCUCCUCUGUUAUCCAAAGGAUGCUGGAGCUGAUCUCACUGAUGGGGGGGCUCAGGAGAGGGUCAUAGGACUAAGAAGCCUCCUUAGAUGGUUCUUCAAGAACUGGCUGUUGUUAGGACUUUUUUUCAGGCCUUCUGGAAGGGGAAGGAGGGAGGCCACCUACGUCCCAGCACUUUCUCCACAUGUCCUGGUGUCAACAGGCCACGGUUUAGAAACACCCUGGCCACCUGCUCCAGCAAGACAGAAGCUCCUGUAUCAUCUUGGUGAGGCCACAGCCAGCCGACAGGGCCCGCCUAUCCAGCGACAGCUGAACUAUCCCCCUCACCCUGGGUUCGUUCCGAUGACAGGUCUGGGGAAACCCAACAAGGCACAGACACAGCGCCCCAAACCACAGGUCCAGAAGAAGUUUGAAGCAGAGGUUUUGGCCGGCAAGUGAGCUGCUGGGCCGAACUUAAAUUUGGCCCAAUCGUGCUGCUUAGAGUUUGUAAGCACUGACCUGAGCCUUCAAACCAACCGCAAGAAGGACUGUUUCUGCAGCAAAAGGAAAAGGACACUCCCCGGGGAGGAGACCUCUGCAAACGCAUGUGACGUACCAACACAGCUUGGCCAUGGUCCGUGGGGGUGGGCUGUGAGAUGGACCUGUUGUUUCAACACCUAAAGUUGAUCAUUCCUGUGGUGCCAGGGGCAACGCUCAGUUCCGGAAAAAUGCAGCAGUGUAAAAAAUAAACAGGUCCCUGCUGGAUUUCUAGGCAGCAGAAUCGGUCAUUCCGGAGUCACUCAUUCUCUGAAGGAACUUCUCAGUCUGGCACUUACAGUGGUGACCACAAGCCUUAAGGUACUUUAUUGACCCCGCUGGUUUGAAUGCUGGAACCGGGGCCUAUCAGCUCCCACACCCCUGUGAUGUCAUGUCCUCUGCUGGUUUCUACAGAAGAGCAGCUCCUUCAUUUCUUAGCUGGCUUUUCUCUGCUGGAAUGACAAGGCCAUGACAGGGCGAGGUGGUUGGAAGGACAUUGACUGCGUUUCCCCUUGCAUGAACGUUUCCCUUGUAGACACCAUGCCGGUAAGGAUAUCGGCCACUGCGCUGUUGACCGAGAUGCUCCCAGCCCUGGACGGUGGGUGAAAUUGGAAGAGGUUGGCCCAAGUCUCAGCCAGCGGGAGACGGGACUGCUCGUCGGGAGUUCUGGAGGGUUGUUCUGGACAUGUUCAUGGUCAUUAAACUGUGGAGCCCUGGUUAGCCACAGGUAGGGCCCUCGUCCCCUGUCAGCACCUCCACCCACUCAGCACCGGCAGCCCCAUAGCAUCAGUGCUGUCGCCUUCCCAGUCCAGGGCAGCCCUCCCACGCAACAUGCUCAUCUGGACAAAG